GGCUGUAAAGAGUCAGUUAUUAAAACGACAGGAUGAUGAGAUGAUUUUGAUUGAGCUCUUUCUUGGCUUUAAAUGGAAAAUCCAAUACCUGUUUUACUAAAUGCGUCAACAGGUAGUGUGACUACUCGUGAGGCAUGUCUUGAUUAAGAAAUACACGUAUCAUGGAGCAAUCACCAGCUGAACAGGUGGAUACCCACCUGAGUCUUGGACAGCUAAGUGGUAGAGAGAUUCUUUGUGUGACUACCUGUGAGAUUUAUGUUCCUCUCCCCGAGGUGAAUCAGGUGGGGCAGGGGACACUGGAGAAGGUCAGAAAGGGGGACAAGCUUCUCCACCCACACGGAGGUCUGUGUGACUUGUACCUCCUGACUUCUCCUCAAGAUUCCAACAUAAAAUCUCUAGCUAUGGACUUCUAUAGUUCUGAGCAAUCGAUUAAACUGUCUAUCACAUUGAACAACAUUACUAAAGAUACUCUAAGGGUGUUUAUCAGAAGCGACUCAUGGUUUGAGUUCUGGAGUCACCUUGGCAACCGGAAUCACAAUACAACCAUUAAGUUGUGCCAGGAUGAUGAACACUGGAAAGAUUUCUCUUCUCUUCUAAAGGAACGGGUCAGCUUCCUUAAAGAGUGUUUCAGAACCAAGGGAAAUCCUAAUCAAGUGUUUGAACUUGUUGCAUUUCAGUCUAAGAGGACUGCAAGCACCAAAUCUAAGCAAGAGUCUAAUAAAAGUGAACCACCAAAAGAAAAAAUACAGGGCACAGAUACAUCAGAAUUGGAGGAAAAGGGUGUUAUAUAUAGAUUUCAGAAACAGUCCGACAGUGAUUUAUAUCAGAAAGACAAGGAAGAUAAAAUUCUUCAUAGAACACAGUCCCAGGGGGAAAUCCCUGAGAAGGAUAGUUCUAAUAUUUCACCUCCAAAUACUCAAGGAGUUCUAGUCUCUCGUCCAGUAAAGAGAAGUGAGUCAGAAACUGAUGUGUUUGAACCUCCGUUUUCUCCUGCCAAUUUUAAAUUAAUAGACACUAAAUCAAAAUUAUUUGGCAAUCUUCUCCUGCAAGAAAAUAAAAUAGAAUCCAAGAGCAAUGAUUUAGAAUCAACAGUAAAACCAAACAGCGUUGAAGCUGCCAAAUAUUUGAGUGUUUUUCAGCCUCAGCAUGUGCCUUCUCCUCAGUCUUUGAAGGCUGAGAUAGAAAGAGAUUCCAGUAUUUAUGAAAGUGAAAGUGGUGAUUAUGAAGACAUGAUGGACCAAGAGAAAGCCAUUCAGAGACUAGUAGAGUUGCUGCAGGCAGCCAUUAAUUCAAAUGAUAAAGAGGCUGCAGCAAAGCAUGCUGGGAGUUUAGCAGUCAGUGCUGCCAAGGUGACCAUUACAUUAGAUAGCAGUAGUCUGAAGAACCCUAAAGACAAAGAAUUCAGCAUUAAAGUGUACGUAGAAGACAGGGAAGCCUCGGGAGGAUGUAUAACUCUGAAUGUCAAACCCUCAGACACAGUCAAGGACCUCAAGCUCAGGAUGUGUUUGAAGCACAGUUUUCCAAUGGAGGUCCAGAAGUGGAUCAUAGGGAAGCGUAUCCCCCCCGACACUGAGACCCUCCAGAAGGCUCGAGUGAGUCAAGGUCAGGCAGUCUAUUUAUAUCUCAUCUCACCCAAAUCUGUGGGACUGACCAAGGAGAAAUUUAUGGAGGACCGACAAAAAAUGCUUCAUAACCAGCCUCCAAAUGUUCAGUAUCAAAAGCAGGGACCCACAAACUUUGCUGAGAGUGGAUCUUACAUUCCAAUGGGUACCCCUGUGACUCCUCAGACCCCCCACAGUGCCCUACCCCCCUCCGGACAGAGAUCUGAGCCUUACAGCAGCAGUUCUACAGGGGGAGGCCUGACCCCCAACCCUUGCCAGCAGGGUCAGAUACAGCAGCAGAAGUCCAGGGAUGGUGCCGGUAAACCGAAGGCCUCUCCCCAGGUCAUCAGGGAGGGGUCAGUAGAGGGGUUUGAAGUGAUUCCACCCACAGCUGUCCUGAGGGGAAUCCCCCAACCUCAAAACAAACAGGAGACCAAAAUUCAGGCUGGCUGGGUUUGCCCUGCCUGUACUUAUAUUAACCAGCCAACACGGCCAGGUUGUGAGAUUUGUGCCACAAACCGACCACUGGACUAUCAAGUGCCUGAAGGAUACAGAAUGACCAAAGAAGAGGAGGAGAGGAUCCAGAGGGAGCGUGAGCAGGAAGAACAAACUCAAAGGCUGGAACAGGAGCGAGAGGACCUGGAGAGGAGGCUCAGACAGGAGAAUUUUGAGAUUUUGAUGAAAGCUGAGGACAGCAGUCUGAUUGGUAACUCUCAAUCCUUCCAGUGUCCCAUCUGUUUUGAUGACAUCUCACCAGGAAAUGGGGUCAUUCUCAGGGAAUGUCUUCACACAUUCUGCAGGGACUGCCUACAGGGGGCGGUGGUACACAGUGAGGAGGCAGAUCUCCGCUGUCCGUAUCAGGAUGACCACUACGCUUGUAAUGCCUCCCUUCAGGAUAGAGAAAUUAAAGCGCUGGUGGAGGCCAGUGUGUACGAGAAGCACCUCCAGCGGAGCCUGGUGACGGCCGAGAGUCAGGAACAGAACAGUUUCCACUGUAAAACUAACGACUGUCCUGGCUGGUGUAUCUACGAGGACCUCGUCAACUUCUUCAAGUGCCCGGUCUGUAACAAGGAGAACUGCCUGACCUGUAAGGCGAUACAUGAGGGCAUGAACUGUAAGGAAUACCAGGAGGACCUGAGGAUCCGAUCCUCCAACGACAAGGCCGCCAAGCAAACCAAUAAAAUGCUCAAGGAUCUGCUGAAGAAAGGAGAUGCCAUGAAGUGUCCUAAGUGUGAAGUGGUGGUACAGAAAAAGGAUGGGUGUGACUGGAUAAAAUGCUCCAUCUGUAAAACAGAAAUCUGCUGGGUCACUAAGGGGCCAAGAUGGGGACCUCUGGGUGUGGGCGAUAUUAGUGGUGGAUGCAGAUGUCGAGUAGAAGGGAAGCCGUGCCAUGAGAACUGUAACAAUUGUCAUUAGGCUUAAGUCAGUAGAAGGGAGGCCGUGCCAUGAGAACUGUAACAAUUGUCAUUAGGCUUAAGUCAGUAGAAGGGAAGCUGUGCCAUGAGAACUGUAACAAUUGUCAUUAGGCUUAAGUCAGUAGAAGGGAAGCCGUGCCAUGAGAACUGUUACAAUUGUCAUUAGGCUUAAGUCAGUAGAAGGGAAGCUGUGCCAUGAGAACUGUAACAAUUGUCAUUAGGCUUAAGUCAGUAGAAGGGAAGCCGUGCCAUGAGAACUGUAACAAUUGUCAUUAGGCUUAAGUCAGUAGAAGAGAAGCUGUGCCAUGAGAA